ACCGUUCUAGAGCUGCGCUGACUACGGUGACUCUGUUGGGGCAUUCUAUCUAUCUAUCUGGAUCCACUAUAUACCUCAGUUUCCUUUCUUUUGUCCUCUUCACCCACCUCCUAGUGUGAUGUCGCGCGGCGUGCGGGCAGAAUAUCCACAGGGGGUGUUUCGAGACGUGGGCGGCUACGAAAAGACGACUAUGGAUGCUAGGUCUUCCACCUUUGAAGACGAAGCUGAGAUCGAGCAAGAUCAGGGUAGCGUGCAAGGAGAAGGCGAAACUCGCGGCCACCAAAGGAGAAGUGUGCGCAUGCCCUCAUGCAGAUGCUGCCACUUCAGCCAUCGCUUUCACUCAAGGGCCAUUUAUACCAUCGAUUACCAGACUAGCCGCCCCAGUACGGAGAAGAAUAGAGUGGGAGCCAUACACAUUUCCCGAGAGCACCAACAUCGUCGACAUUGUUGACAUUACCACCAUCGAGCCCCUAUCUGCCCAGAGACCGGGAGCGACAGCUGAGGGUCCAACCGACGAGAGACAAUCCGAGAAGAAACGGAGAAUAACAAGCCAACCAUUGUAUGCCCAAUUUGCUUCGAGCAAAUUGACCGCCGACAUGGAGUCACUGAUGGCCGACUCGAGUAGGGCAGGGAGGACAAGCCAAUUCAGGGGCUGACACCGGAGAAGCCGGAGGCACUCGACAAACCACGAUGGGCGUUGGUGGCUUGGGAAAGGUCUUCUGUUGCACGUUUGGGUUGAUCAACAACGAGCGCCAAGAAGAAUUUGACUGGGCUGAUGGACCAAGUCACGUUCAAUGUCGCGAGCAGGACCAGGGCCGG